UUCCCCUGUUUCUUUUAAAGCCCUCUCGAAACAGCUAUUUCAUACAAAACAAAGAAAUCUACAGAAAAUUUCCUUUUUCGAUCUUUUACUCAUCCAUACAAAAUUUUAUCAAGAUCUUCAAACUUUGUGAGUCGAGCGUUCUGGUCAUCAAUUUGGACUUCAUUAAAUAAAAAAAUGGCAGUAAGAAGGCAGCCGCUGGCAGUAAUCCAAGAUGAAAACGCCGAAAUCAAUAGAGGCAAGACGAAUGUGGCUAAAUCUGGCGGGCUGAAGGUGCAGCAGACAGAUGUAUCGGACCGGAAAACACUAGCAAACAUCACAAACAAACUCAAAACCCUGCCAAAUUUAGGGGUUGCCACUCCAAGUACAUUACGCAAUGGCAAGGGUGGAAUUAGCGUUAGGGUGGAUCCAGAACUUUCGGGGAAAUCUGGGGUAAAGGGCCGAACUGUGCCUCGGACUCCUUUGGGAAAUAUCGAAAAUGUAGAUUCCUCCGUACAAAAGGGCAAGACAAUUGAGGAGAAUAAAGCUCAUUCAAAGAAUGUAAAAUGGGGUCCUAAUCCUAAUUAUGAGGUCACUGAGGAGAUGAAGCAGCAGGCGGAGAUUUGGGCUCGCGAGGGGAUUGAGAAGUGCCAUUUUACAGGAAAAGACAUGGACGCUCUCCAUGAGAAGAUGGCAGAGGAAGAGGUGAACAGGCGAGUUGCUCAGGCUCUAAGCUACAGAUCUGAGAUUCCAUGUUGGCUUCCUAGUGCUCUCGUAGAGCCGACUGAAAUUAAAGACUGUCUUGAGUUAGUCCCAGAGGAAGAUCUGCUCACUAACUUUUCUUCUUCUUUCCAUGGUAAGGAGCAGCAUAAGGAGCAGCAAGACAUUGACUACGAUGAGUCAUUCUAUGAAUUCCUUGAUAUUUUGUUGGCGUCCAAAGGGCCACCUGUUGAAUGAUACCGUUGCGUUGUAGUGCUUGUAACACAGAAGCAAUAUGCAAUUUGUGAAUACAAUUACAUUUAUGCUACUGCAUCGAUUGGUAUAUGACAAUUAUCUAUGCUACUGCAUAUAUCUGUGGCAGUAGACUGUAAAAUUAUACUGCUGGAUUUAUACUCAUGAAAUAUUAAUUAGAUUUUCCUUGUAA